GAUUUUUCUUCGUGUUGUUAAUAUAUUCAAGUUUGUGCACAGAAAUCGGGUAUUGGCAGAUGAAAAUUCGAUAUUGUUGCACACUUCUCCGAUCUUCACGGGUCUUAACAGCUUCGCCCAGCGGUUUCUGUCGUCAGAGGAAGAUUUACAGCAUGGCGAUGUCGGGUGAAGGCGAUUUCAAGGACUUUGGACCUCUUGUUGGAGCGAUCGAUCAAGGAACUUCCAGCAGUAGGUUUUUGCUCUUUGCCAGUAAAACUGCUGAACUACUUGCCUUUCACCAAGUGGAGGUGAACAGUGUUUAUCCCAAAGAAGGAUGGGUGGAGCAAGAUCCCAAGGAGAUUUUAUCAUCUGUGUAUCAGUGUAUGGAGCAGACACUACACAGCUGCAAAGACUUGAAAAUCAACCCAGCUGACAUCAAAGCUGUUGGAAUUACAAAUCAGAGAGAAACAACAGUGGUUUGGGACAAGGUCACAGGGGAACCACUUCACAAUGCUAUAAUUUGGCUUGACACAAGGACAAAAUCAACUGUGGAUCACUUUGAAGCAAACACCCCAGAAAAGACCCGAGAACAUGUCAGAGCAUUGUGUGGCCUUCCAAUCAACACUUACUUCAGUGCAGUGAAGUUAAAGUGGCUGAUUGACAAUGUUGAGGCAGUGAAAAAGGCUGUAGAAGAAGACAGGUGUCUGUUUGGUACUGUGGACUCAUGGCUAAUUUGGAACCUGACUGGUGGUAAAAAAGGGGGCUUGCACAUCACUGACAUCACAAAUGCUUCGCGGACCAUGCUUCUUAACCUUAAGACUCAAGCCUGGGAUCCAUACUUGUGCGAAUUCUUCAGCAUUCCAAUGUCAGUUUUACCAACUGUGAAGAGUUCCUCAGAAAUAUAUGGGAAACUUGUUGAUGGUCCUCUCAGUGGAGUGCCUAUAUCAGGGUGCCUUGGUGAUCAGCAAGCAGCAUUAGUUGGACAACUGUGCUUUAAUCAGGGAGAUGCCAAAAACACCUACGGGACUGGAUGUUUUCUCCUCUACAACACAGGACAAGAGGUGGUCCUCUCUCAAAAUGGUUUGCUGACAACUGUUGCUUACAAGCUGGGUCCUGACCAACCCACAGUCUAUGCUUUAGAGGGUUCAGUUGCCAUCACUGGUGCAGCUGUAAAGUGGUUGAGAGAUAAUCUCAAUAUGAUCAGCACGGCAUCAGAGAUCGAAACCCUAGCAGCCAGUGUAGAGACUUCAGGUGGUGUGUACUUUGUUCCAGCCUUCUCCGGUCUGUUUGCUCCCUAUUGGCAGACAGAUGCAAGAGGAGUUAUCAUAGGAUUGACCCAGUUUACCAACAAGGCACACUUAGCAAGGGCCACUCUUGAAGCAACGUGCUUCCAGACACGCGAGGUAAGAGAUGGAGUUGAUGCAGUGACUCUCUAACAUAAUCUGCUUCCUUGAUUGUAACCUAGAAACUGCAUUGACAGGUCGUUUAUCUUAGCCACACACCUCCUAUUGUAACCACAGCCACCCCAUCACAACCUCAAUCAUCUGAUCUGACCAACAGCCUAGUUUUAAUACAUAUCACCAUCACAGAUUACCCACAGUCCACUUUAUUUUGGUCACAGUCUUCCCACCUUAGCCACAGUCCUUUAUCUAAACAGAAUCAACCAUUCUAUCUUUAAAAUUAAUAGUUUGUUUUGGCUGCAACCAAGGUUUCUCCUCUUAUAGCUAUGGGUUGAUCAUCUUAACCACAGAUUUACCAACUUAAAGACAGACA